AUGACUAAAAAAAAAUUCAUAAGUUUUGAAAUCAUGAUGUUUUCGAAGGUUGACUUGAUUGAAGGACCAGAUGCAUUUUUUUGGGCUGGAACUACACCCGAGCCUUCCCCCGAAGGUUUCAUUGUCCCAGAUGAGAAUGAAACGAAAAAUAUCCUAGGAAGAUAUAAUAACCAAGACAUUUCAAUUAAGUUGCCAGAUGGAAAAACAAUUAAAGACGUUAAAUGGUUGAGUGUGUGGUGCAGACAGUUUACAGUAAACUUUGGUUCACUUAAAAUACCAGCUGAUUUGGAACUUCCAGAAUCUCUAGUCCUUGGAGGAAUCCCAAAUUUUGCUCAUGGAGUGAAAUCAGAUCCUGUCGUCAUAAAAGAUGCUAAAACAAUUUACAUACCCAAUCUAAUGUAUGAUGGUGCAGGUCCAGAUGCUUUUUUCUUGGUGGGAAAAGGAGAUAAACCUCAUAGUGAUGGUGUGACUAAAGUUCCUGAUGAACGAGGAAGCACUGGUGUUUUGCAUGGCUACAAAGGGGAAGAUAUUACUCUAAUGUUACCCGGUGACCUAACGUUUUAUGAUAUUGACUGGUUUUCUCUUUACUGUAUUGAGUUUCAAGAGAACUUUGGUCAUGUUAUUAUCCCCAAAAACUUGAAUGUACCUGCUAAAGUAAAGAGGGCAGCAUCUGUUACAGAAGGUAUUGAUUUCAAAAUGAAUAAUAUGAAAGGAAAAUACUUUGGAAAGUACAUUGGAGAUUUCAAGAGUAAUGCACAUGGAGUUAUGGGAAAAGUCUAUGCUGCUAGCCCAAACACCUUUUAUAUAGAGAACUUUAGCUAUGAUGGACAAGGUCCAGAUGCUUUCUUUUGGGUGGGCACAUCACCAGAUCCCUCUCCUGAUGGGACUAUUGUACCUGAUGAACUUGGCACAACAAAUGUGCUGGGAUCCUAUGACAACAAGGGCAUUGCAAUUACACUACCUGAAGGAAAAACUAUUAACGAAAUAAAAUGGUUAAGUGUAUGGUGCAGAAAGUUUACUACUUUAAUGAGAGAGGAAUGGAACAACUUGAUGCAGCAGGAAGAUUUUGCUACGACCCCUACAGGACGAAGGAAGAGACCGACGCUUGUUCAGGUCUGCAUGUGGGUGAAUAAUUCAUGGGAAAAG